AUGGACGACGACGAUGUUCAGGACACCGUCCCCCUGGACAACGACAACGCACAACCUGGAUCGACCAGCAAGCCCUCGGCUCAGACAACGGCGGACGAGGCGCCACCAAGCAAGCCACCGCGGCCCGUGAGCCAGCAGCAGAAGAACGAGCAGACCCUCAGAGAGGCAUUCCCCACGAUCGACCUUUCCGUCAUCCGCGCAGUCCUGACCGCCAGUGGCGGCCGCAUCGACCCUGCCUUUAAUGCUCUGCUUGGGAUGAGCGAUCCAGAUGCGGUUCAGCAAGAAGCGUCCUUCGAACCUGCACCCCCGCCGCAACCCCCACGCCCUGCUCGCGGAGAGGCUGUGAGCCAGCUGGAAGCCGAUGAGCGAUACGCACGUCAGCUCGCCGAGCACUAUGACAACGUUGGCGCAUACGAAGCCAGGACCUCCAGCCGCGGACAGGCGCCUCGUCGUCAGGCGACUGGCCUCAAACCCAACGAAAUGUACGAUCGCGAGCACAGUUUCCUCGAUGACGAUCUUCCAGUGAUCCGCGACAACCUGCGCAAAGGCUUCCAGGAGACUCAAAAGACAGUCAAUACAUGGUUCACUUCGAUCAAGAAGAAGAUUGACGAUGCCAUGGACGAGGAGGCCGCAGAACACGAGCGCGCAAGACAGCAGGAUCGUAUGGGCACAUACGGAAGGCGAGAAGGCGAGGCAAGUCGCCGCAGUAACGACUACGAUCGCUAUGAUGCCGACCCUCAGGUUCUGAGUGAUGACUUUGCCGGCAUCAGACUUCACCCCGAUGGAACGCCAAUUCCGAACCGGACAUCAAGCACACAAAACGUCAACCGAACAUCUGCGUCGGUUUCGCCCCGGCCCGAGGGCCGCAAGGUUGCUUUUAAGGAUGGAGCUGAGGACAUUGAUGCCUAUGAUGCAUCCCCCAGAGUUCCACCCAAGGACAAUGUCUCUCCCGCGCCUUCUGGUAGACAGAGCAAGUGGCAGCCUCUGUCUACGCAGGAGCACAACCCGGUUACUGAGAAUGAUCCCUUUAGUCUUGGCGACAGCGAGGAUGAAAAGGACACCAAGGACAAAGGGAUCAAGAUGGAGGACAGUGAAAGGCUCCAACAAGCAACAGCCGAUGCCAUGGCUGACAGCCUCGUCGACAGCAAGCCAAAGGACAAGAAAUGA